GUCAACAGUACAACAAUUAAGAUUGGUUUCACAUGCAAACUGUCAAGAAUCGAGCUAAUGGCAGCGGGACGGUCCUCGGAGCUGCACUGAUUCUUGGUCUUACCUACAAAUGGAGAAAAGGACUGUCAUCGCACCUAACUGAUGAAAUUUGGAAAGAAACUGAGCCACUGAAGUUUAAGAUGUGAACCGACUACAUGAAGAAUGACAACCCAGAGUAACUUGGUCGUGACAGAGCAGGAGCCAGUGGCCUGAUAUUCCCACAUCACCUUUUAUGUUGAAGCACGUCUCGUUUGGCCUCGUCUCUUCGGUCUGCUUCGCUCCACUUCGCCUCCCGGCUCUGCUGCCUGGCCCCGGCAGAGUGGACCUGCCCCCCCCUCCCAGGCCUCGGGCCCUCCCAUCGGCGGCCCGCUCCGGCGGUGUGUUGGUGUACGAUGGCGUGGCGGUACGCUGAGGGCUGCCGCUUGGGUCUGUGAUGUCAGAGCCCAACAGCCCGGGCGAGAGCCGGCGUGGCGCUCCCAGAUUCUUCGUGGGCUGCGAGGACGAUGAGAGCGAGGCCCUGGAUGAGAGCAUAAGGAGAGACAUGGAGCUGUAUGACGACGACGAAGACACAGACUCGCCCCCAGAGCAACAGAUUGUGGUGGGAAUCUGUUGCAUGAUGAAGAAGUCCAAGUCCAAGCCAAUGACCCAGAUUCUGGAGAGGCUGUGCAGGUUCGAGUACAUCACCGUGGUCAUCUUCCCAGAGGACGUCAUCCUCAACGAGCCUGUGGACAAAUGGCCUCUGUGCGACUGCCUCAUCUCCUUCCACUCCAAGGGAUUCCCACUGGAUAAGGCAGUGAGCUAUGCCAAGCUGAGGAACCCUCUGCUCAUUAAUGACCUGAACAUGCAGUAUUACAUACAGGACAGGAGAGAGGUGUAUCGCAUCCUACAAGAAGAAGGGAUUGACCUGCCACGCUAUGCUGUGCUCAACCGAGACCCAGAUAAACCAGACGAGUGUAACCUGGUGGAAGGAGAGGACCACGUCGAGGUGAACGGAGAAAUAUUCCAAAAGCCUUUUGUUGAGAAGCCCGUCUGCGCCGAGGACCACAAUGUCUACAUCUACUACCCCACGUCAGCUGGUGGAGGCAGCCAGCGGCUCUUCAGAAAGAUUGGGAGCCGGAGCAGCGUCUACUCUCCAGAAAGCAGCGUGAGGAAGACCGGCUCCUACAUCUAUGAAGAGUUCAUGCCCACUGAUGGCACAGAUGUUAAGGUGUACACCGUGGGGCCGGACUACGCUCACGCCGAGGCCCGGAAGUCUCCUGCUUUGGAUGGAAAAGUGGAGCGAGACAGCGAGGGGAAAGAAGUCCGUUACCCCGUCAUGCUCUCAGCCAUGGAGAAGCUGGUGGCUCGUAAAGUCUGCUUGGCAUUCAAGCAAACCGUGUGUGGCUUCGACCUUCUCCGAGCCAACGGCCAUUCAUAUGUAUGUGACGUCAAUGGAUUCAGCUUUGUCAAGAAUUCCAUGAAGUACUAUGACGACUGUGCCAAGAUCCUCGGGAAUAUUGUGAUGCGUGAACUGGCUCCCCAGUUUCAGAUUCCUUGGUCCAUCCCCACAGAAGCAGAAGACAUCCCCAUUGUUCCCACCACUUCAGGAACUAUGAUGGAGCUGCGGUGCGUUAUCGCCGUCAUCCGACACGGAGACCGAACACCCAAACAGAAGAUGAAAAUGGAAGUCCGCAAUCCCAUGUUCUUCGAUCUGUUUGAAAAGUACGGAGGAUACAAAACAGGCAAAUUAAAGCUCAAGAAGCCGAAACAACUGCAGGAGGUGCUGGACAUCACACGGCAGUUAUUAGCAGAUCUGGGACAACACAAUGACUGUGAGAUAGAGGAGAAGAAGUCCAAACUAGAACAGCUGAAGACUGUUCUGGAAAUGUAUGGCCACUUCUCGGGGAUCAACCGAAAAGUCCAGCUAACUUAUCUGCCCCAUGGGCAGCCCAAAACCUCGAGUGAGGAAGAAGACACGCGUAAAGAAGGCCCGUCCCUGCUGCUGGUGCUGAAGUGGGGAGGCGAGCUGACUCCCGCAGGCCGAGUGCAGGCAGAGGAGCUGGGAAGAGCUUUCCGCUGCAUGUACCCGGGAGGACAGGGAGACUAUGCUGGAUUUCCAGGCUGUGGGUUACUGCGGUUGCACAGCACCUACAGACAUGACCUGAAGAUAUACGCCUCCGACGAGGGCAGGGUGCAGAUGACCGCUGCAGCUUUUGCAAAGGGCCUGCUGGCUCUGGAGGGCGAGCUGACGCCCAUCCUCGUGCAGAUGGUGAAGAGCGCCAACAUGAACGGGCUGCUGGACAGCGACAGCGACUCGCUGAGCAGCUGCCAGCACCGCGUCAAGGCCCGGCUCCACGAGAUUCUGCAGAAGGACAGGGAGUUCACCGAGGAAGACUACGACAGGCUGGCUCCCACCUGUGCUGCAUCUCUGGUCAAUUCAAUGAGGAUCGUGCAGAACCCGGUGGAAAGAUGCGACCAGGUCUACGCCCUCAUUCAGAGUCUCACCUCACAGAUCCGCAAACGAAUGGAAGACCCCAAAUCUGCAGACUUGCAGCUGUACCACAGCGAAAGCCUGGAGCUGAUGCUGCAGCGCUGGUCCAAACUGGAGAGGGACUUCCGCAUGAAGAACGGCCGCUACGACAUCAGUAAAAUCCCUGACAUCUAUGACUGCGUGAAGUACGACGUGAUCCAUAACGCCACCCUGGGGCUGGAGGACACGCUGGAGCUGUUCAGACUGUCCAGAGCUCUGGCCGACGUUGUUAUUCCACAGGAAUAUGGUAUAAAUACAGCAGAGAAACUGGACAUAGCGUACGCUUACUGCCUCCCCCUGGUCAGAAAAAUCCAGCUUGACUUGCAGAGAACCCAUGAAGACGAGUCUGUCAACAAACUGCACCCUCUAUACUCGCGUGGCGUAAUGUCUCCUGGGCGUCACGUCAGGACACGCUUAUACUUCACCAGUGAAAGCCACGUCCACUCUCUGCUCAGCAUUUUCCGCUAUGGAGGCUUGCUUGAUGAGGAGAAAGACCAGCAGUGGAAACGUGCCAUGGAUUACCUCAGCGCUGUCUCGGAGCUCAACUACAUGACUCAGAUUGUCAUCAUGCUUUAUGAGGACAACAACAAGGACCUGACCUCUGAGGAGCGAUUCCACGUGGAGCUUCACUUCAGUCCCGGGGUCAAAGGCGUGGAGGAGGAGGAGAACGCACCCACCGGCUUUGGCUUCAGGCCAGCUUCAGCAGAGGUGGCGCGGCAGAACGGACAAAAGCAGCCGGAACCUGGGAGCCUGGAGGAUCUCUCAAGAGACGAAACUGACCGGGCCGUGCCGCUGUCUGAGCCAAUCACCAUUCAGAGGAGGUCCCCGCUCAUUCGCAAUCACAAGACUGGAUCCAUGGAGGUCCUGUCGGAAACGUCCUCCUCCAAAGUGGGCAGCUACCGCCUCUUCUCGUUCUGCUCACGUCAGUCCCCGGAGAUGAAACAAAGUGGAUUAGGCUCUCAGUGCGCCGGGCUCUUCAGCACCACAGUCCUAGGUGGGUCCUCUAGCGCCCCUAACCUGCAGGACUACGCACGCGCACAUCGCAAAAAAUUCUCCAGCGGCAGUCUGUCCUACAAAGACGAGUUGUUGUCUAUGCCGGCAGUAAAACGAUUUUCUGUGUCGUUUGCAAAGCAUCCGACUAAUGGGACAAAAGAUGACACCUCCAUGAUAGCAGUGGCUCCAUCUCUCUGGUGCACUGCGACAGAGCCCCUGGAGGAGCACCAUGUGGCCCAGUUGUUGAGGCGUUUCUCCACCAACCUCAGUCUGGGCCGCCACCUCUCUAUGGACGGGGCGCUGGCCCACCACCUCCACCAGUGCUCCUACCACCUCCGCCUCUUCCGAAACUGGCUCAUCUCCGGCCAGGAGCCCCUAGAGUACCUCCACGGCUUCGAAGGCUGCUCCAUGGUGCCCUCCAUCUACCCUCUGGAGACGCUGCACAACUCGCUGUCGCUGAAGCAGGUCAACGAGUUCCUCACCAGCGUGUGCGAGAGCGCCGGGGAUCCGCACACCAGGACCACCAGAGCUCUGUCAGCCAUGUUUGCCUCACACAACCAGCCGCCAGACUCCUACAUCCCCCAGAGAGUCCUGUCUUCCUCCAUCUCCCUCAGAUCUCGCUCUGACAGACCCCCUUGGUACAGCAGCGGUCCCUCCAGUACAGUAUCCAGCGCUGGACCAUCGUCUCCCACCACCGCUGACACGUCUCCCCGGUUCAGCUUCAGCGACAAAAUCUCUCUCACGCCGCAGAGCAGCGAGGAAACUCACUCCUCUCAAAACACGUCCGCCCAGCCGGCCCCGACUGCUGCGGGGCCGCAAGUAAUCGACGCGGCCGGCCCCGCUGGAUCGAACCAGUCUGAAGUCCCGCUGACUCCAAAGAACUCACCGGAGGAUGACAACGGGUCCGAUCAGCAACCUGACAACCCGGAUCCUGUAGUCCCGGGGCAGGAGGUGGCGGCGGCGGCGGCGGCGGCAGCGGCUCCCACUUCCGAGGAUCCUUCCAGUGCCUUUUGUGACCCGUGCCUGAGGCCCCCGUGCUCGGCGCUGGCCGAGCUCUCUCUGAGCCGGCUGGAGGGUUACUGCCUCCCGGGCUCGCUGCCGGUGCUGCUGGAGCUCAGGGAGAGCAGCAGCGAGGCGGGCUCCAGCUCCCAGACGCCUCAGUCCCCCGAGGGACCCGACGAGUUCUUUGACACCCAGGAGUCCAUGGAGCUGUGGAUGGACAGUCCAGAGAGCCCGUGUGCCGAGACGCCUCCGGAGGGGGGAUCCGCUCACACAGCAGAGCCGUAGAGGCGCCCCCCACCCCCCCCCCCCCCCCCCCCCCCCCCCCACCGCAAACGGCAGGUUACACUUCAUCAGGCAGAAACUACUGUGGUUGGACCUUUGACUUUAUGAGCUGAAUCAGCAGUGAGGUGCUGUGUUGAGCUGAAGCUGACCCCCCCCUCCCCUCCCCUCCCCUCCCCUCCCAUCUUCGUGCCUGUGUAAUGAUUUUAGGCAGCUGAUCAAUCUACUCAGUGCUGCAGAAUCGUAAGACGACGCCAUACAUGCUUUUCAUUGCCUUACCGCUGAACACCCCCCCCCCCCCCGCCCCCGACAAUCCACCGGUUCAACGCAUCCGACGCCACACGGUUAAAGACUCAGCCGCUGUGUUACUGACACUGAACAGCUGUAGAAGAGCCUUUUCACAGCUGCAUUACUUGGUUUUGGCCACCAGGGGGCAGAAACCUUUAAACGGGGCAAGGCGUCCAUCAGAGCGGAAUGAGGAGCGAAGCUACAGAGAAUCGAGCUUAUGAAAUAAUGUCUUGUCUCUUGAUUGAUUUGUUACAGCAGAGUUAUUUGAUUAUUUUGUUAAUGCUUCAAGUUGUGUAUCUUAAGAGCUGCGGCAGCGACGGUUCAGCAUCUGCUGCAGCUUUCAGGCCAUGUUUCAAAGCUUUGGGCUGUCCAGCUCAAACGUCUCCACUGAAGCACAAGUUUUUCCGCAGGAUACUGAAACCUCGACUCUCACUGCUUUGUUUUUGUUUUUGUUUUGUUUUUUUAAAUGGAAACAGGAAGCGACCCAGUCGAUCUUCUGUUUCACACUCUGGACGUUUUGCAUUCUCCAUCUUUGGUUUCUUCAGUUAAAGAAGAAAAAUGAGAGAAAAAAGCUAAAACUGAAACUUCAAGCAUAAGUGUUCGGUUUUCAGGUCAAACCGUGUGCGCACUGCUUUCUGCCAAAGUCCUUAAGCCUCAUGGAAGAGUUAAUAUAAUCGCUAGAAAAAUCUAGAAAAUGUGAUAUUUAUUUUGAAAUUUCAUCUUGGUCAAAACAAAACUGUAUUUUUAAUACCCACACGUCAGAUAUUUAAUUGUAUCAUAGCUAUUGUGUAUAUUUUUUUGUAAAAUCACAGCGAAUACUGUAUGUAUGUGUGUGUUCGGGGGGGGGAUCUGAAAGCUAUUAUCUUCAUUUCAUUACUGAACAAACAGGAGGGGCAUUUACAUUCAACGUGCUUUUAUUGUGGCGAGCAGUUAUGUAGCACUUGUGUGUCUUGGUGAGGAGGAGGAGGAGGAGCACACAUGCUGUGAGACGCGAUUGGGGUCGGUGAGGAUGCCGUCCUGGGUUCAAUCUGAGGGUUUCAUGUUACACUGCGAUGUACUGUAAAGGUUAAAUACACAACUGUGAGUUACUGAGACUGUGUGUACACGCAUAAAAACUGACAGGCUUUCUGAGCUCCUGUUUUUGGUCUCGUGCAGCAGGUGCUGCUCACCUCAAGCUUCGGUUCACAUCAAUAAACUUGUCUGACUUGAA